GGGUCCCGCCGCCGCUUCUCGUCGGUGCGUCACUUCCGGCGGAGUCCGGCCCCGCCCCCCGCCCGCCGCGCCAUGUCUAAGAAAAAAGGACUGAGUGCUGAGGAGAAGAGAACACGCAUGAUGGAAAUAUUUUUUGAGACAAAAGAUGUAUUUCAAUUGAAAGAUAUGGAGAAGAUUGCUCCUAAAGAGAAAGGAAUUACUGCUAUGUCAGUGAAGGAGGUCCUGCAAAGCUUAGUUGACGAUGGUAUGGUGGAUUGUGAGAGGAUUGGGUCAUCAAAUUAUUUCUGGGCUUUCCCAAGUAAAGCUCUUCAUACGAGGAAAUGUAAAUUGGAGGCUUUGGAGACACAGCUUUCUGAGGGGAACCAAAAGAAAGAAAAUCUUCAGCAAAGCAUUGAGAAAGCAAAGAUUGGCCGUGAGGACACAGAAGAACGUACUAUGCUAGCAAAGGAGCUUACUUCACUUCGGCAGCAAAGGGAACAGUUAAAGGCAGAAGUCGAAAAAUACAGAGAAUGUGACCCAGACGUGGUGGAAGAAAUCCGUCAAGCAAACAUUGUAGCCAAGGAAGCGGCCAACAGAUGGACUGAUAAUAUAUUUGCAAUAAAAUCUUGGGCCAAAAAGAAAUUUGGAUUUGAAGAGAAUAAAAUUGAUAAAAACUUUGGAAUUCCAGAAGACUUUGACUACAUAGACUAAAAUGCCCAGCAGUCUUCAGCAUUUGUAUUUAACUGUACAUAUCUCAUUUAAUGUUGCCUGGCUAAAUUUGGUGAAUUGUUAUUGAUGUAUAAAUCAUAACCUAUAUUUUAUUUUUUCAGGUAUUAAUGUGGAUAAAGUUCAAAAUGUAUUUGUUCUUCCUUUUGUAUUAAAAGAAAAUACCAUGGUCAUAAGUUGUUUUGCAAUAAAGUUGGCUAAGUUGAGUUAAGCUUA